UCAUUAUUCAGUAAAUCUCUAAAUAAAAACUAGCUGCACGGAAAAUAGUAACAGUCACGAAAAAUGGUGGAACUAGAAGUACUAAAUGCCAAAACUAGCAAAGCCUAUGGCAAGGUAAAUGUGUCCUCUGCCUCGGUUGCGAUAAGCGAGCUACGCGUAGUAAUUCACAAAAGUUUGAAACAAACGCCGCAUGCCGACCGCAUAUCGCUACGCCUGGAGCCGCGUGGCAGAAGCUUGAAGGAUACUGAUACAGUUGGAGCACUUAAUCUCAGCGAUGGGGACAAGGUCUACAUUAAGGAUUUGGGGCCACAAAUCGGUUGGAAGACAGUGUUCCUGGCCGAGUAUGCUGGUCCUUUAAUUGUUUACCUAAUUUUCUAUUUUCGUCCGGAAUUCAUUUACGGCAAGGCAGCUGGGAAUCCCAUUUCGUUGACCACUCAUAUUGCCGCUGGCUGUUAUACCGUUCACUAUGUGAAGCGUUUGUUGGAGACGAUCUUCGUGCAUCGUUUCUCCCAUAAUACGAUGCCGCUACGUAAUCUGUUCAAGAAUUGCAGUUACUAUUGGGGCUUCACAGCGUAUGUCUCUUACCAUGUGAAUCAUCCACUCUACACAUCCCCCUGCAUGUGCACCGUCUAUGCUGCACUGGCUGCCUUCGCUCUCUGCGAAUUGGGCAACUUCUCAAUACACAUUGCUUUACGUAAUUUGCGUCCACCGGGCACCAAGGUGCGAAAGAUUCCUGUGCCCGAUGGCAAUCCAUUGACAAAGCUAUUCAACCUGGUCUCUUGCCCUAAUUAUACAUACGAGAUUGGCGCCUGGGUCUGCUUCUCGGCUAUGACCUCUUGCUUGCCCGCCUAUCUGUUUGCAUUUGCUGGCGCAUUCCAGAUGACUGUUUGGGCUCUGGCCAAGCAUCGCAAUUACAAGAAGGAAUUCAAGGAUUAUCCAAGGGGUCGCCGUGCCAUUUUCCCAUUCCUCAUCUAAAGUUCGCCAUUGCGUUCAUACAUUUUGCGAAAUUUGCAUGUGCACACCACGUACUGUUAUUCCAAUUCAUUGAGUAGAAUUAA